CUUCAACAGAUAACCCAAAGGGCACGAAAAGAAAAGAACCCAUAGGAAGUAAAGGGAAGAUUUUUUUGGGAGGAAACAAACAAGGAUCGAAAAUGGGUUCGGUUCCACCUGAACUGAGCUUGGAAUUUAUACCCACUUUUGUACCCAAAACGAUCAUUAGUUUCCUCAAGGAGCUUUCAUUAAUCGGAAACGUUCCUGAGAGGAUUUCAAAACUCGAUGCUUUUGUUAAACGAUUGGAAGAAGAAAUGAGAAAGAUCGAUGCUUUUAAAUGUGAACUUCCUCUUUGCAUGCUCCUCCUCAACGAUGCCAUUGCAGCUUUCAAAGAGGAGUUAGUGCAAUGUUUGCCCAGAAACGUUGAGCCAGUUUUUUGGAACACUGUUGAUGAUGAUUAUUAUCGUUCUGUUGAUAGAAAACUAGAUACUAAGCUGAGAAACAUUGGAGAUUCAUCUCAAUCAUGUAAAAACAGGGGAGGAGCGACAUCAUUAAUGCCAUUCAAGGCAAAUUUGGGCUUUGCAGUGAAGAAGGAAGAGAGAGAGGAGAUACCACUAACGCUUUUGACUCCUGGAAUCAAGAAUCCGAGAGAUGAAUCAUGCUCUACGGGAUCAAUGACAAGUUGUAGCAAGGCAGUUUCUUCUUCUGCUCCCAAUGCUCGGUCAAGUUUUCGGUCUGUACUGCAGCCGUUGUCCCAAAAGCAUCAGCAGCAAACUGCUAGGAAGCAAAGGAGGUGCUGGUCACCUGAGUUACAUUGCCGGUUUGUCAAUGCCUUGCAACAAUUAGGAGGAUCUCAAGUGGCCACUCCGAAGCAGAUUAGGGAACUUAUGCGAGUAGAUGACUUGACCAACGAUGAAGUUAAGAGUCAUUUGCAGAAAUACCGACUUCACACAAGAAGAUUUCCGGCUUCCACAACCAGCCCUGCAAAACAAUCAGUCGUUGUUUCGGGGAGUGGUCUGUGGAUGUCCCAAGAUCAGUAUGGAGAGUCGUCUAAGGGAAGCAGUUCCCAGUCGGGUUCUCCUCAAGGACCUCUCGAGCUAGCCAUAGACACCGGAGGGAACUCCACUCCAGGAGGUGACAACAUGGAAGAUGACGAAGAUGCAAAAUCCGAAAGUUAUAGCUGUAAAGGCCAUAUUCGAAAACCCGGGAAACAUGAUGUAUAGAGAGUUUAUCCACUAUGAAUUUUGCAGAUAUAUAAAGUAUACAUGGAAGGAGUUUGCAAUCAUAAAAAUCACAAUAUACUAUCAAUAUAUUAUAUACAUAAAAGGAGAAGGAUCUUGAGAAAUGAGAGGGGCCGUGAAAACUUUGCAGGAUUAGUUUUCCUUCGAUCUUAAGUUUUUUUUCAGUUUUCUUGCGGAACCAGUACAAGAAUUCCAGUUAUAUAUUAUCCGUAUGCUUUCGCCAUUGGGAGAAACACGAGCACUGCACCAUU